CCCAACGCACCGCAUCGCAACGCUUCGCACGAGCCAUGCCUGGUCCUGAAGCGCGCGCCGUGCCGUGCCCGCUCUGUAACGAGAAGUUCUUUCCGGCUUCUUUGAAGUUUCAUCAGAAGCAAUGUGAAAAGAAGCGAGCUACAAGGAUAGUGAACUGCCCCUACUGCAAGAUCGAGGUGAGCCAGCUGAAUUGUCCGCAGUGCAAGAAACCUGGCACCUCCGGCGGCGGCGGCGGCAACGGCGGCAAUGGCGGUGACGCGGGAGUCAGGCGUCCCUCUGGUGGUCCCUCGGGUCGACCGGCACCCUCGGGAGCUGGGCAGUACGACCCCGAAGUUCUCGAAGACGGACGAAUGCGCUGCGUCUACUGCGGGCGUUUCUUCAGCGACGAACGCAUCGAGAAACAUCAGAGCAUCUGCGGUAGCCUGAAGCGUGCGAGACCGAAGGGCGUGGAUGGUGAGCAAACGCAGACAGGUGCCAAGGUCUUCAAUGCCAAGGCCCAACGCACCGGCAGCGGCCCCUCCUUUGUGUCGCCGGAGGCGUAUCGAAGAAAAGAAGAGGAGGAGGAGAGAGAACUCAAACGAGCGCGCGAACAGGCGCAGAAGAAGUCGUCUUGGCGGAGACAACAUGAAGAAUUUGUCAGUGCGUGUCGCGCUGGACGCGGGGAAGAGGUUCCCCAGCCGACCCGGAAGUCGGAUCACUCUGGCAUGAUCAUGUGCCGGCACUGCGGGCGCUACUUCAAUCCCGAAGCCGCGGAGAGACACAUACCGAUCUGCGCCAAUGUGGUGAACCGGCCCAAGCCACCGCCUUCACCGGCGCGGGGGCCGCCCUCACCUGCCAGGCCUCCCUCCGAGGCCGCGGCGUCGCCCCAGAAGCGGCGCGGACCUUCCGGGCGCGGACCUUCCGGGCGCAGCCCUGCACCGGAGAGGGAGGAGCUGCCUUCAGUGCGAAGCAGUUCCCUGGGCUCGGUCAAUGGCUCUGGUGCCCGUGCGGCGCGGUCCCUGCGUGCUGAUGCAUCGGACAGCAGACUGCCUCAAGUGGAUUCUCCUCCGAAAGGCCCUUCCGGGAUGAAACCGCGAAAGGAGAAGAUCACCACGCACGCAGGGCCAGAAAUGCUGGAUGAAACCACACCUCCGGAGAGUUUCGACGUGCGACAUCGACUUGACGCCUCGCGCAGCGCCAUGAUGCUCCGAUUGCUGAGACAAGUGCCACAAGAAGCGCUCGCACAGGAGCUGAAAGACGUGGGCGUGUCGGUGGAGGCGUUGGACAAGGAGGGCCUCGUUCAGGCCGUGGUCCAACAGCUCUCCUGAUGCGGAGUGCCUGACGCGGCGUUGUGAAACAACGGGGGAAAACAAU